CGCGUGAGUAAGACAAUUCGCCAGUCUGUUGUAGAAAUCAGGGUGAGAUACAUCUCUCGUUUAUAUCAAUUCACAACAAAUCAACAUGUGUGACGACGAAGUAGCCGCUUUGGUUGUAGACAAUGGAUCCGGAAUGUGUAAAGCCGGAUUUGCUGGAGAUGAUGCACCAAGAGCCGUAUUCCCUUCCAUUGUUGGAAGACCAAGACAUCAGGGAGUCAUGGUUGGUAUGGGUCAGAAAGAUUCAUACGUAGGAGAUGAAGCCCAGAGCAAGAGAGGUAUCCUCACCCUGAAGUACCCCAUUGAACACGGUAUCGUCACAAACUGGGACGAUAUGGAGAAGAUCUGGCAUCACACCUUCUACAACGAACUCCGUGUUGCCCCAGAAGAACACCCAGUCCUGCUCACAGAAGCUCCACUCAAUCCCAAAGCCAACAGGGAAAAGAUGACCCAGAUUAUGUUCGAAACCUUCAAUGCACCAGCCAUGUACGUCGCCAUUCAAGCUGUACUCUCACUGUACGCUUCUGGUCGUACAACCGGUAUUGUCCUCGACUCUGGAGAUGGUGUAACACACACCGUACCAAUCUACGAAGGUUACGCUCUUCCACACGCCAUCCUCCGUCUCGACUUGGCCGGUAGAGAUCUUACUGAUUAUUUGAUGAAAAUCCUCACCGAGAGAGGUUACUCAUUCACAACCACCGCCGAGAGAGAAAUUGUGAGAGACAUUAAAGAAAAAUUAUGCUAUGUUGCUCUAGAUUUCGAGCAAGAAAUGUCAACAGCUGCCUCAUCUUCAUCCCUAGAAAAGAGCUACGAAUUGCCUGAUGGACAGGUAAUCACCAUCGGUAACGAGAGAUUCAGGUGUCCAGAAUCACUGUUCCAGCCAUCCUUCUUGGGUAUGGAAUCUGCUGGUAUCCAUGAAACCACAUACAACAGUAUCAUGAAGUGCGAUGUCGACAUCCGUAAGGACUUGUACGCUAACACCGUCUUGUCUGGUGGUACCACAAUGUUCCCAGGUAUUGCCGACAGAAUGCAGAAGGAGAUCACAUCUCUUGCUCCAAGCACAAUGAAGAUCAAAAUUAUUGCUCCACCAGAAAGGAAAUACUCCGUCUGGAUCGGUGGUUCCAUCUUGGCUUCACUGUCCACCUUCCAACAGAUGUGGAUCAGCAAACAGGAAUACGAUGAAUCUGGUCCAUCCAUUGUCCACAGGAAAUGCUUCUAAAUUAAUCUUUGUAAUAGAACUAACUUUCGUAUAUUUAAUUUUUCAAACUCUGUGAUGACACAUUCCGCAUGUUCAAUGGUGACACUAACAUUAAUUUAUCAUCUUCCUUGUUGUGAUACUUGGACACUCUUUUGAAGAACCAAUAGGCGUCAAUCAAAUGACAUGAUUGUAUUUGAACAACAACUGUUCCAUUGGAACGACCCUUCUGUAUAUAAUAUUAAUUAUAAUAAACGAUAGUCACAGGAGUGACCAUUAUUUUUCCAACGAA